UGUUAUCGCCGAUCAGCUGUUACCCGGCCAUGACGUCACGCAGCGACACACGAAUUCGCGUAUUUUGAUUGGCAUUAUCAAAUUGUAUCGCAUUUAUCUGCAAAAACUUGACUAAACAUAAAUAAAUGCGUGCUAAUCAGUGGACGACCAUGUCGCCGGCGAUUGCACUGACUGGUUAAAGGCCUAGCACCAUGGCGAAACAAUCAAAAUCGACGGGACGCAAGGAAGCUAGGAGGAAUUUCUGAUUAUAUUAAACAAAAAGAAUACCAAAAAUGGAGGUGCCAGUACAUCCGCUGAGCCAGGAUCCCACGGCCGCCUGGAGGGAAAUCAGCAAGACGCAGCGCGUCAUCAAGGUGACCAUGAAGCCGCCCACCACCACGGUGGCUCCCAACAAGGCCCGCGUGGUGUGCAUGUCGGAUACCCACUCCCUCACUCCCUACAUCAAGUUCGACAUACCGGAUGGUGAUAUAUUCAUACAUGCAGGGGACUUCACCAAGUGCGGCCAGCUGGAGGAGGUGGAGGAGUUCAACACGUGGAUUGGGGCACUGCCGCAUCGCCACAAGAUCGUGAUUGCCGGCAAUCAUGAGCUGAGCUUCGACCGAACGUUUACCCAUCCUUUCCAGAAAAAUCAGGCGAAAGGCCAUGCUUCGAGCAGCAAACACACUGGCAUGUCCAUUCUCGAUGAUCUGCCCACCUUGGGCAAUGCCAAGGAGAACCUGGAGAGCGCCGUUCAGACUCAGAAUGUCCGAGAGGUACUGACGAACUGUCGGUAUCUGGAGGAUGAGCUACUGGAGAUUUGGGGCAUACGCAUUUAUGGAUCACCUUGGCAGCCGGAGUUUUGCCGCUGGGCCUUCAAUGUGCCGCGAGGUACAGCCUGUUUGGAGAAGUGGAAUCAGGUGCCAGAAGGCAUUGAUAUUCUGGUCACCCACACGCCACCUGUGGGUCACGGCGAUCUUUGCUGUUCCGGCGUAAGAGCCGGAUGUGUGGAGCUACUCAGCACAGUACAGCAACGGGUGCGCCCGAAAUACCAUGUUUUCGGACAUGUUCACGAAGGCUACGGCAUCACCAGCGAUGGCAGGAUCAUCUUUGUGAACGCCUCCACCUGUGACAUCAAUUACCUACCCAACAAUGCCCCCAUCGUUUUCGAUGUGACGCUGCCCCCGGGUUUUCGCAAGGAUUAGAUGGCCUAGAUUGAUAUUUAUUCGCAUUUGUUGCCGGUUCAAUGAAUUUAUUUUUGUCCCCGUUUACGUUUAUUUUAAGAUUUUUAUCUACCGAAAUUUAUAAGCACGAAUUAGGGCGUCUAAAAAAGGAGACUCAAUUCUCUACUUAGACACUUAAGAUCAUGAUUAAGAUGCCAUACAAUAGUUAAUACACUACACCGAUUUGUAGCAGUUUCUAUACAAUUGUCAAACAUUUAAAAGGUUUUAUGAUUAAAGAAGUCCAAUGACUAUAGAACUAGAA